AUGUCUUACAACGGUUAUUCUCAACAGCCUCAGCAGCAAAACUAUCAUCCAUACCGUCCACAGCAGCAAUCAACGUUGCGUAAUAGCUCUACUCAGCUAUGGAUGGGAGAGUUGGACCCAUUUUGGGAUGAGAGCUUCAUCAAGGCCAUUUGGCAAUCGUUUGGGUUUGUUGAUGUGAACGUUAAGAUCAUCAAGGACUUCAAGACCGGAACCCAAGCGUACAACGCUGGGUAUUGCUUUGUUGAGUUCCCGAAUUUGAACCAGGCGUCCGAUGCGCUCUCCAAGAACGGUUCUCGUAUUGCAAACACAAACAGAUUGCUCAAGUUGAACUGGGCAUCUGGUGGAUCGACUGGAAGAAAUAACAAUGCCAAUGUCAAUUCUGGUGCUAACGGUAAUGGCAAUGCGUCUAACGAGAAUUCCAUCUUUGUCGGUGACUUAGCACCUGAUGUUACAGAGUCCAUCCUUUUCGAGUUCUUUGCAUCCAAGUAUCCAUCAGUUACAGGUACAAAGAUCAUGGUUGAUAUGCAAUCUGGGUUGUCAAAAGGUUAUGGGUUUGUGAGAUUUUCUGGUGACACCGACCAACAAAGAGCCCUUGUAGAAAUGCAAGGUGCCGUUGUCAAUGGACGUCCAAUUCGUGUGUCCACUGCAGUCCCAAAGAAUCGUCAGCAGGGUCAGGGACAAGAUUCCCAAUACCAACCACCACUUAACCAGUUUACAGACCCUAAUAAUACGACAGUUUUCAUCGGUGGGUUGAGUUCUGUCGUUACAGAAGAGGAUCUGCGUCUGUAUUUCCAACCUUUUGGCGAUAUUACUUAUGUGAAGAUCCCAAUUGGGAAAGGCUGUGGAUUUGUCCAAUAUACAACUCGCACGUCUGCAGAAUUGGCCAUUUCAAAGAUGCAGGGAUAUCCAAUUGGUAACUCCAGGGUUAGGCUAUCUUGGGGCCGUUCUAGUGCAAACCCCAAGGGUCAACAUAUGCAGUAUAAGCCUCAACAAGAAUUGCCUAUACUGUAUGGAUUCGACCAAGAACCUCAACAAUUCUCACAGAUCCCUCAACAGGGUUCCAUUCCAGAUAGAUCAGAAGGUAUGGAACAAUCAAGAUUGAACCAACUAUACCUUGCAGCUCGUGAUGGGAGACUGGACACCAUUGAUUCUCUUUCUAACGGAUUUGUCUUUUGA